AUGGAUCGCAAGAAAGAGGUGUACGAUGACCCAUCCAAACCCAACUCGGCUGUCUUAGAAUACCAACAUCCCUUGUCCUCCACCACUGACGCCCUCGAUCAGGCUGACCUCAACGUGGUGCCUCGCAAGCAUUUCAGCACUCUCGCCCUCAUCGGCCUCUCCUUUGCCAUCCUGAACUCAUGGACUGCUGCAUGUGCUGCCAUUAAUCUCGCACUUGGCGCCGGUGGGCCCGUCGGCGUCGUCUAUGGUCUUCUCGUCGGUACUCUCUGUGCUUCCACAAUUGCUCUUUCCCUCGCAGAGCUUUGCCAUGUCUUUCCUUCCACCGGUGGUCAGUAUCAUUGGGCCUAUGCUAUGACUCCCAAAGCCCACCGUCCUCUUGUCGCCUACUAUGCCGGUUGGAUCGGCGCCACUGGCUGGAUCGCUCUUGCUUGCUCAGCGCCACUCUAUGCAGGAAGCACUGUCGUCGGCAUCAUCAGCAUCUACCACCCAACCUAUCCCCCACCCAUUGCUCUCACUUUCGCCGUGUAUGUGCUGCUCACCAUCUAUUGCGCACUUGUCAACAUGUUUGGUGUCAAGCUUCUGGAUCGAAUAAACCAGUUGGCGCUUAUGUGGUCCCUCUUUGGUGCCGUCGGCGUCUUUGUCACCUGUCUCGCUGUACCCUCGGCACAAGCUCACAGAUCCAGUGCCAGCUUCGUUUUCACCGAGUUUGUCAACCUCACUGGCUGGCCUGAUGGUAUCGCAUGGAUGAUCGGUCUCAUUCAGGCUCAGUACUGUCUUGUCGGUGCAGAUGGUGCUUCUCACGUCAUCGACGAGAUCGAGCGGCCUCACAUCAACGCUCCCAAAGCUAUGGUCCUCUCUUGCCUCAUCGGCGGCACUUCGGCUUUCCUUGUGCUCAUCGCCGUCCUUUCGGGAAUCAGCAGCAUCGAAAAUGUCAUCGCAGCCGGUGCAGCGGGAAUCGUAGAAGCAUUCAUGCAAGCCACUCAGAACAAAGCGGGCACUCUGUCUCUCAACAUCAUCCUCUUUGGCACCAUCUUCUUUGCCGGACCUGCUCUCAUGCUUACCUCGAGUCGAAUGGUUCAAGCGUACGCCAACGACGGUUGUUUGCCCUUGUUGCAGAAGAAGCUUGCCUACAUCUCGCCUAGAUGGCAAGUGCCGAUCUAUGCCAUCUUGUUCUGCUCUGCUAUCUAUGUCGUUUUUGGCCUCAUCCUCUUUGGCUCGGUGAUCGCCGUUCAGGCAAUCGUUAGUGCCUCGGUUGUCAUGCUUCAGCUAUCUUAUCUUGUACCCAUCGCUGGUAUGCUCUUUGGUGGGAGGAAGAGGAUCUUUGGCACAUGUGCUGCAGACAAGGAGAACAAUGAGGAACAUGACGACGUUGCCAUUCCUAGCGAUAUCAAGUAUACUUUGGGACCGCUCAUGGGUCCCAUCAUCAACACUGCAGCGCUUUGCUACAUUGUCCUCACGACCGUGUUGUUCCUGAUGCCAUCCUACAUUCCUGUUAGUUCGGGUUGCUAUAUGAACUGGUCCCUUGUUGUCGUAGCCACGACGCUUCUGUUGGCCACGAUCAACUGGUUUGCAUUUGCAAGGAAGCACUAUACCGGACCGAAGCAUUUUAAACAAAUUCUCCAAAGGGCCCACUGGAGGCGAGCCGAGUAA